CGCCUCUGAGUCACAUUAAUGGGAAACUCCAUGAUAGACUGGUGACAGAGUGCAGUGGACUUCCAACAUCUGCUGUGCAGAACUGAGAUCAGAGGAUCAUUUCUGAGACAGGAAGUAAGAAAUGAAACGACAAGUCCGGAUGCAUUUUUAAAAGAGACUGUGACUUCCUGUGAUAAAGGCUGCAUGUCAGAAUGGGAAGCAGGUUAUUCUCUCAUCUGUGGUUUUUCUUGUUUGGUGUCCUGCUCUGCAGAGGCUGUGCUGCAGAGAAACCCAGGGCUACACUGACAUCAGGCAACACAACCAUCUCAGUCGGAGGCUCAGUGAGUCUUUCCUGCUCUGUGAGAGACUCUGAUGGAUGGAAAUAUGAGUUUUACACAAGAACAUCAAACACCUGGGAGAAACUAGUUGAAACAAAUGUUGAGGACAAUGGAGUCAUCCAGGUAUCUAAAGGAGGAAUUUACCGGUGCAGAGGAGAGAGAGAAACAUCAGGUUAUCUCUCUGACAUGAGUGAUGAAGCCUACAUUAGCAUAACUUUCACCAACAAGCCUGUCAUAACACGACAACCCAGCUGGUCUCAGAUAUUCCAGGGUGAGGAGAUCACUCUGACAUGUGAGGUCCAGGGAGGAGAGAAGACUGACUGGUGGUAUUACUGGAGCAGAAAUUCACAAUAUCUUCAACAGAAGAAUGAAAAGUUCUUAAAAGUCACUGCUUCUCAGUCCAUCAAUGAAAAGUAUGACUGUAUGGCCUCACGCACAGAUGACUCUUUUUCUUCAACCACAUGGAGUGAAGCCUUCACAGUGUCAGUGUUACAGAAAUCCAGGGCUACACUGACAUCAGGCAACACAACCAUCUCAGUCGGAGGCUCAGUGAGUCUUUCCUGCUCUGUGAGAGACUCUGAUGGAUGGAAAUAUGAGUUUUACAGAAAAGCAUCAAACACCUGGGAGAAACUAGUUGAAACAAAUGUUGGGGACAAUGGAACCAUCCAGGUAUCUAAAGGAGGAAUUUACCGGUGCAGAGGAGAGAGAGAAACAUCAGGUUAUCUCUCUGACAUGAGUGAUGAAGCCGGCAUUCAGAUAACUUUCACCAACAAGCCUGUCAUAACACGACAACCCAGCUGGUCUCAGAUAUUCCAGGGUGAGGAGAUCACUCUGACAUGUGAGGUCCAGGGAGGAGAGAAGACUGACUGGUGGUAUUACUGGAGCAGAAAUUCACAAUAUCUUCAACAGAAGAAUAAAAAGGUCUUAAAAGUCACUCAGUACUUCAAUGAAGAGUACAAAUGUAUGGCCACACGCAAAGAUGACUCUUCUUCUUCAACCACAUGGAGUGAAGCCUUCACAGUGUCAGUGUUACCUCAACCAAAAGCUCAACUGGGAACCAAUAAAUUCAACAUGUCUGAAGGCAGCAGAGUGACGCUGACCUGCUCAGUGAAUCAACCAGCUGGAUGGAAAUACUUCUGGUACAGAGACUCCAAAACCUCACCCCUGAACACACAUGAUACUGAUGAGUAUCAGAGUCAGUCUGAAGUCUCACAGGAGGGACGUUACUGGUGCAGAGGAGGAAGAGGAGGAAGAGGAGGAAGAGGAGAUCCACUUUACUACACAGAGUACAGUGAUCCCAUCAGUGUCACUAAAAUAAUCCCAAACAAGGCAACCCUGACUCUGCAACACGACAGACCACAGCUCUACCAAGGAGAGACCAUCGCUCUCAGAUGUGCCAUCGAUGGAGGAAACACAGGAUGGGAGUAUGAGUGGGAAACCAGCAGUUUACUCAAACCAGCAAAUGUCAGCCAAUACAGGAUGGAGGCUCUUUCUUCACAGCACCAGGGAGAAUACAGAUGUAAAGGAAACAAGCUGAGAGGAGCACAGUCAACAGAUUGGAGCAACACCGUCACACUGACAGUAUUCAGACCAAAGCUCUCUGUGUCUCCAUCAUGGUUGAUUCCUGGAGCUUCAGUCACUCUGAUCUGUCACACUGAGCCUCCGUCAGCAGGGUGGAGCUUCUACUGGUUCAAAGCUGUUCCAAACUCUCAGGAUUCCUACACCUAUGAGCCUCUACCUGGUACCAGCAGUGGGACAGCAAACAAUUCCUUCACAGUUCAUGGACAGACACACACAGCAGGAUAUGCAUGUUCAGCUGGACGAGGGGAUCCGCCGAUUUACACACAACACAGUCGUCCCACAUUCGUCUGGUCUUCAGGUGUUCAUCCAUCAGCGUCUCUCACAGUGAAUCCUGACAGAGUCCAACACUUCACCUCUGAAUCUCUCUCACUGACAUGUGAAGGAAGCUCUUCCCAGUGGAGGCUGAUCCGCUUUCUGACUGACGACUCGCUGUUGAGCUUUCUUCCUCCAGCUACAAUCAAUGGAUCAACAUAUAUUAAGAAUGAGGCUCCAAGAAAAGCUGUGUACUGGUGUGAGUCUGGAACAGAGUUCAGCAAUGCAGUCAAUAUCUCCACACACUCUGAUGGCGUUAUCCUGGUGAGCCCUGUGUAUCCUGUACCUGUGGGAGAGUCUGUAACUCUCCUCUGUGUCAUGAAGACUGGAAAUAUUCCCUCUGAUGUGUUUUUCUACAAAAACAACAAACUCAUUGAAAAUGAGAGACGAGGAGAGAUGAAGAUCUCUGCAGUGUCAGAAUCAGAUGAAGGUUUCUACAAGUGUCAGUACAAUGGAAGAGAAUCAGCACAAAGCUGGAUGGCUGUUCAGUUCACAUCCAGGCCUGGAAGCUCUUCAUCUGGCUCUCUGAUGAUCAUUCGGUGGAUUUGUGGAGUUUUACUGCUGAUUGUUCUGCUGCUGCUGUUGUGUUUCUACAAUGGAUCAAGAGAUUCAUGCUUCAACAGGUCUCAAAGUUCACAGCAGAGCCAAACUACAGACCACAGCAGCAACCAGCUGGAAGAUCAAUGCAACACAUACGCUUCUCUGAUCCAAGCUGAUGAUAAUCCCUAUGAGACAAUCCAAGAGACUGAUUCUCCUGACAGAGAUGAGUCCAGGAAUGUGAUGUAUUCUUCAAUGGAGCUUCAGGAGGUCAAGAAGGUGAAGAAGCAGAAACCAGAAGAGGGCAGCAUUUAUCCUGAAGUGAAGACCACAUCAUGGACAGAUUCCAGUGUGACCUCUGCACAAGUACACUCCAAUGAAAGUCAAGUCAACAGGAGUCAAAGGUAUCAAUUGAAACACCACAGCCCAGAGUUCUCUGAGGACAUUUCAAUACUUAGAAGAGAAACCACUCACGGUGACUGAGCAACAAUAAAAUGUCAUGUUUACCAAGAUGCUAACGUUGACAUGAAAUGAGCUGUGAGGAACCACAUCUACACAAACCCUCUGCUUCUUUUUCUUUCCUUUCAGUUGAAUGAGGAGACUUCAUCACCACCACCAACAGAGAACUGCUUCCAGAUUUAUGGAGAGUCUCCACAAUGUCUAUACUGAGGAAGGUGGAAAAGAGGGAAACACUCUGAUCUAUACUUCUCUGAUCUGAUCAAUUAUCCCUUUGAACUGAAGAGAAAAUGUCAAAUAAAUGUAUUUUAAAAGUGAAGCAGAGCCGUUAAGUGUUCAACACUGAGAAUGAAGCUCACACAUUAACUUAGAACUAACUCUGUUUGUAGUGGAUUUUAGAUCAUUGAUGAAUAUGUUAGUAUAUUAUUUCGAAAUGGUUGACAGGGAAACUGUAAAUUAAAUUUGUAGAGAAGUGAUUCCAAGAAGAUGCUUAAACAAGGUUGUACAUUUUGUUAUGUUUGCCAAGAAUGUCUGCUUUAUUCAGCUAAAACCAGCAAAUUUUUGUUUUCUUUUAUAAUCAGUCUUGGUGUUUGAAUACAAUUGAUCAUAUCUUUUUACAUUCUAAUGUACAGAGCUGUAAUUCACUAUAUGUAAUGGAAAGCUUGUCUUGAUGUUCCGAUCAACAGUUUUGAAAUCUUUUAAAAUUAUCAUGGUGUGAUCAGUAUUUUGCUUUACACACAAUAGAUUAAACUGAUGAAGGUAUCAUUAAAUUUUUCCUGUUCA